GCGACAAUACCCACAAAAUGAGCACUCUACCCGAAGACUUAUCAAAAGAGUAUUGUAUCUAUAGGUACACAACGAAUUUCCAAAAAAAAAAUCCACGUGAAAACACAACGAAUUUUACUUACGAAGUGGAAGAAAGCCCGAUCUUGAAGAGAGGGAAGGAUUCAUCUAGUCUCAUGGGCUACCGCCCAAUCAGUUUGCUGCCUAACAUCAGCAAAACGUUUCAGGUUUUGAUAUUGAAAGCUUUGCACGGGCACAUCAAAAAGAAGGAGUUAUUGUCAAAUCGCCCAAUUACGAUUUUAAUCUGGACAUUUGAUUCCUUGAAGUACGCCGGUAGGAACUUAAAAUGGAUUUGGAGAGAUUUCCAUAUUGUCGUGAACGAGGAUGUUUCUGAGCGAUUCUUCAUAAGAAGCGUCUUUACGUAG